CACUCAAUCUCGCCGGCUGGCCCAACACUCUACGACGCUAUCUGCACCCAGCAGAACCCUAAACCCCUCUCACAGUCUGCAACAUUCAUUUUACUCAUCUUCCCUUUCAAGUUUCAGUCUUUACUCCACAAUCAAAUCAAAGCCCCAGUCUUUAUCUCUCAUCUUUCUCCCCUCCAGCUACUUGGGUCCUCUGGUUUUUGAGGAGAGCAGAGUCCUGGUAAUCAUUUGUCUCUUAUAACUGUUCUGCUACUUAAACUGGAAGUUCAUACUUCACUUUAGCUUUUGAGUCAUUAUUCAAUUAUACAGUUGUAUCACUCUGUAGUGUCCAUCAUAGUUUACAGCCGUGUUUAUGUGAGAUGUUUCUGUUGAGUUGAAUAUGGAAUUGUCAAAUGGGCAAGUGGGGUUCUCUUAUUUUCAUAGGAAUGGGAUUUUGGCUACGAAUUGUAGCCAAAAGUCAUUUCCUUUAUCUGGGUUUUCGAUUUCUGGGAGACCCUUUUUCGGUGUUGGCUUAAAUGAGAAGAAUGUGAAGAAGAGCCGGGUUUCAGGUGUUAGAACAGUGAACUGUGGAAGUGUUGUUAGUGCUUUAGCUAAGGAAGGGACUGAUAAUCGUUCUGUUGGUAGUGAAAUUCUUGAGAAAGAUUGUGAAUUUAAGCCGUCGUUUGAUCAAUGCUUGGAGGUUAUGGGGUCUGUUAAGCUUAGAGGUGACAGAGAUAAUAAGAGCAGGCCAAGAGAAGAUAAUCCAAAGCAUAGUAUGAGGAGUAGAAAUGUUUCCAGAGGAUUUUCAUCUGAGACAGAUGAAGAGGAUGUAAGAUGGAAGGAGUCUGAAAGGCAUUUGGAUAAAAGGAAUGUGUCAAAAGUUGCGAAACUGUAUGAAAAUGAUAAUGGAUCCACGGAACAAAGCAAAAGGCUGCGAGUUAGAGGAUAUAGGGAUGAAUAUGAUAGUAGGCAGAGUGACAUAAGGGGAGAUACAAGGGAUGGAAAAUGGUCAAGAUAUACUGGUAGACUAGAACAAGAAUUGGACUACAACUCGGGUAAGAGUGCACUGGCACGAAAUGCUAGAGAAGGCACAAGAGAUUACAAGUCAAUUGGUCAAGACUUUGAGAGAAGGAAAAGUGGUGACAGAAGUGAAGAUGGACAUGAGAGGUACCGCAUCAGUGCUGAGAAAGGCACUGCUGAUAGAAGAUACUCUCCUAGAAGUGGAAAUUCAACCAAGGGUGAAAGGGAUUCCCCUAGGCAUGACCAUGAUGAAAGAGCUGCAUUUAAGUAUUUUGAUGAAUAUAAUGAUACUAUGCACAGGCCGCGAGUUUCCCAAGUGCAAAUGGAGGAGAGAAUCCAGAAGCUUGCAAAGUCGCUGAAUGGUGCAAACAUUGACAUCCCUGAGUGGAUGUUUUCAAAAAUGAUGCGAAGUGCACAAAUCAUAUUCACAGAUCAUUCAAUACUUAGAGUUAUUCAGAUAUUAGGAAAGUUUGGAAACUGGAGACGGGUGUUACAAGUCAUCGAGUGGCUUCAAAUGCGUGAGCGCUUCAAAUCUCACAAGCUCAGAUACAUAUAUACAACUGCACUCGAUGUACUUGGAAAGGCAAGAAGACCUGUGGAGGCUCUAAACGUGUUUCAAGUAAUGCUGCAACAACUGUCCUCAUAUCCUGACUUGGUGGCUUAUCAUUCCAUUGCCAUUACUCUUGGACAAGCGGGUCAUAUGAAAGAACUGUUUGACGUGAUUGAUACUAUGCGGUCUCCUCCCAAGAAGAAGUUCAAGACUGGAACACUUGGGAAGUGGGAUCCCCGGUUGGAACCAGAUCUCAUUGUCUACAAUGCAGUAUUAAAUGCUUGUGUUCAGCGAAAACAUUGGGAAGGAGCGUUUUGGGUUUUGGAACAGCUAAAGAAACAAGGUCUGCAGCCUACCACUACAACAUAUGGACUUGUCAUGGAGGUGAUGUAUGCAUGUGGCAAGUACAAGUUGGUUCACGAGUUUUUUAAGAAGAUGCAGAAAUCUUCUGUACCAAAUGCUUUAACUUACAGAGUUAUUGUGAAAACUCUUUGGAGAGAAAAUAAAAUAGAUGAGGCUGUACAGACUGUUUCCAAUAUGGAAAGACGAGGAAUAGUAGGUUCUGCAGCUCUUUAUUAUGACUUCGCUCGAUGUCUUUGUAGUGGUGGAAGGUGUCAAGAAGCACUAAUGCAGAUUGAGAAGAUAUGUAAGGUUGCGAAUAAACCUCUAGUAGUGACUUACACUGGCUUAAUUCAAGCUUGUUUGGAUGCUGGAAGCAUUGAAAACGGAGCAUAUGUUUUCAACCAAAUGGAGAACUUCUGCUCCCCAAAUCUGGUCACUUGCAACGUAAUGCUGAAAGGCUACUUGGACCAUGGGAUGUAUGAAGAAGCGAAAAUGCUGUUCCAAAAGAUGUUGGAAGAUGGGUUCCACAGCAAAUCUGGUUAUGAGCUUCGGGUGACACCAGAUAUCUAUACAUUCAACACUUUGUUAGAAGCAUGCAUUACUGAGAAAAGAUGGGAUGAUUUUGAGGCUUUCUACAAACGGAUGCUGCAAAGUGGUUAUAACUUCAAUGUUAAACGACACCUUCGGAUGAUAUUGGAUGGCUGGAAAGCAGGAAAGGGUGAGCUACUGGAUAUAACCUGGCUGCACUUGACCAAGGCAGACCGAAUUCCACCCCCUGCUCUCAUCAAGGAAAGGUUUUGCAAAAAGCUGGAGGAAGGUAACUAUUCUGUUGCUAUCUCCUGCAUCGCCAAAACGAAUCCCAAUGAUCUACAUACAUUUUCAAAGACGGCAUGGUUGAAUUUGUUCAAGGAAAAUGCAGAAAGGUUUCAGAAAGACACUCUCGUGCAGUUAGUUCAUGAGAUUAGCAUUCUUACUGCCAACAGUGAUGCGGUGAACCCUGUAUUUGAAAAUCUUAUGAUGUGUUGUAGAGAAUUUGAUAGAGAUCUUGAUAGAACUAGUGUGAAGACAGGUAACUUUAAAUCAAAUGGAAGUGUAUAUACUGUUCAAACUGAACCAGCUUAUUAUUAGAUUAAUGUAUUCAAAUGUAAAAUAGGUUA